CAUUGUAGUUCCAUUUAUUUUUUUCUCAAUUAUAGAACUUGCACAAGAUCCAACGGCCCACAUUAUGGGAAUAUCAUAACUAUAAAAUCAUAGUUAUUAAUUUAUUAGAAUAUUAGAAAACAAACAAUCCACUCAGCUUCCUACCUUUUUGACCUUUUCCCCAAUAACAAUUUUGUUAAAAACAUAAAGGAGAAAAGGCCAUUAUGGAUUCUUGAUCCAAAAUUGUCAUCAAUAUUGUUGAUAUUCAAUUCAUAUUUGAAGAUCUGGAAAGCCAAGAUACCACUCAAGGUGGCAUGUUUCACUUGUCUCUUAGCAAAAGAGGCUGUUUUGACGUAUGAGAACUUGAGGAAAAGGGACAUUAUUUUAGUGACGCAUUGCUGCCUUUGUGGGGAAGCAGCUGAGACACAGUGAGCCAUUUGUUCCUUCAUUGCAGAAUCACCGAUCAAUUAUGGAAGAUUUUCAUCAAUCUCAGAGGCAUCCAAUGGACAAUGCCUAGUUAAGGCUGGAUACAAUAGACCCAUGUGGUCUGGCCCUUCCCUGGACCAGGCUGCCCUUUAUCAUGCCUUUUAUGGCAUGUGCUGUAAAUGAGAGUUCUCGAGCAAUAUUGGGUUCAUUCAGCGAGUUAGUUUAAAGCUCUAACAGCAAGCCUGGUUUACAACAGUUUGGUGAAAGGUCAGAAUGGCAUCGUCUGCUGACUCAUGGAUGCGAGAAUUUAAUGAAGCAUCCAAACUUGCGGAUGAAGUCGGUUCUAUGAUUUCUGCAAAGAGCUCUUUGCUCUCUUCCGGACCUGAAACGCAGCGUCAUUUAUCUGCAGCUCGGAGAAAGAUCACUAUACUAAAGACUAGGCUUGAUACUCUCCAGUCCCUUCUGCCAACGCUCCCAAGCAAGCAGCCUUUAACCAAAAAGGAGAUGAAACGUCGUCAUGACAUGCUCGAUAAUCUGGUUACGAAAGCUAAUCAGAUGGCAACUACACUCAACAUGAAUCACCUAGCAAAUAGGGACAGCUUGCUUGGACCAGAAACUAAGCGACCUGAUGUUAUCAGUAGGGCAACUGGUCUUGACAACCAGGGUCUUGUAGGUUUUCAACGACAAGUUAUGAAAGAGCAGGACGAGGAUCUUGAUAAAUUGGAGGAGACAGUGACAAGCACAAAACAUGUUGCAUUAGCAAUCAACGAGGAGCUGAACCUACAUACUGCACUACUGGAUAACUUGGAUUACCACGUUGAUACAACAAACUCCCGGCUUCUGAGGGUGCAACGGAGAUUGGCAUUUUUGAAUAAGCGCACAAAAGGCGGCUGUACUUGGUUGUGCCUUUUGGUCAUAUUCAUCGUUAUUCUAGCUGUCGUCAUCUUCCUCUUCGUAAAGUACUUGUAGAUUAUCCAUGACGAUAAAGUAUCAUCCAAUUCUUCUAUUGUUCAUCAUUGGCGACAAGAGAAGCCAGACGUUGCUUUCCUCCUGCAAUUCUUCAAUCUACUUCAAAAGUUCUAGCUAUACAAGGACCGCGAAUUUGUCCUGCAUUCGUUAUGAAAGUAUGUAUUAUGUAUAUCUUGUGUUUUUCGCGUAACACAAUAGAGCUUUAUACUUAAUUUAAGUAGAAAAAAGAAAACUCUGCCAUGGAUACCAGUGGUAGUUGUGUAGAGACAAGUCUUGUGAACAUAUUAAAUUUAUGGUGCAAUGCAUUUUUUUCAGGCUUA